AUGUGCGAGCGGGCGGCGCGCCUGUGCAGGGCCGGCGCGCACAGGCUGCUGCGGGAGCCGCCGCAGCAGGGCCGGGCACUGGGCGGGCUGCUGCGCUGGGUGGGCGCCAGGAUGGGCGAGCCCCGGGUGCCGUUGGUCCCCGCCGCCCCCGACGCCCCCGACGCCCCCGCCAUAGACCCCGGCCCCUGCCCGGGCCCCGCCUCGCUGCGUGGGGGCACCGCUGUCAUCCUGGACAUUUUCCGCCGUGCGGACAAAAAUGACGAUGGGAAGUUGUCCUUGGAGGAAUUCCAGCUCUUCUUUGCAGAUGGCGUCCUCAAUGAGACGGAGCUGGAGGAUCUCUUCCACACCAUCGACUCUGAUGACACCAACCACGUGGACACCAAGGAGCUGUGCGAUUACUUUGUGGACCACAUGGGGGACUAUGAGGACGUCCUGGCCUCCCUGGAGACCUUGAAUCAUUCUGUCUUGAAGGCCAUGGGCUACACCAAGAAGGUGUACGAGGGUGGGAGCAACGUGGAUCAGUUCGUGACCCGCUUCCUCCUGAAGGAGACAGCCAAUCAGAUCCAGUCGCUGCUGAGCUCCGUGGAGAGUGCCGUGGAGGCCAUUGAAGAGCAGACAAGCCAGAUCCGCCAGAACCACAGCAAGCCCGGCCCUGGCGUGGUGCAGACCUGGCACGGGAGCCCCACUGCCCCCUGUGCCCCCGGCCGCAAGCUCAUGGCCACGGGACAAGAGAAGAGCCCGCCUUCUGUCACCUCGGAGCCCAAGGAGGAGGGCCUAGAAGCCCAGAUCAGCCGUCUGGCAGAGCUGAUAGGACGGCUGGAGACCAAGACCCUCUGGUUUGACCUGCAGCAGCGCCUCUCGGAUGAAGAAGGCACCAGCACGCAUCUGCAGCUGGUCAGGCAGGAGAUGGCCGUGUGCCCCGAGCAGCUGAGUGAAUUCCUGGACUCCCUGCGCCAGUACCUGCGAGGCACUGCUGGAGCCAGGAACUGCUUCCACAUUGCCGCCGGGAGGCUGGCAGACGGCUUCACCUUCGUGGUCUACGAGUUCUGGGAGACCGAGGAGGAGUGGAAGAGGCACCUGCAGAGCCCCGUGUGCAAGGCCUUCCGGCACGUCAAGGUGGACACGCUGAGCCAGCCUGAGGCCCUCUCCAGGAUCUCGGUGCCAGCUGCCUGGUGCACCGUGGGCCGAGACUGACUGGCCCCAACACACGCCCUGUGGAUGAGCCUGGCACCCUGCCCUCCCUUCUUCUAAAGGACGUCCCGUCUUUUCUAGAGACUUUGGUACAUGUGCUGUCUUUUCAAUAUACUUCCAAACAAGAAUGUAUUUUCCCACUGUUUGACGUGAAGGCGAACCCCUUUCCCCUUCCCAUGUGUGGGUCACCCUUUCCCCAGUGUCCCCCACCCGCGCUGUGUGAGCGGCUGGGGCCCUGCUGAAGCCAGAGCCCGAGGGGAUGGGGAGGCUUCCUGGAGCCAGCACCCUCGCCCCUCGCCCCAACCAAACGGCCACGCAUGCCCAGCCCCCCACCACACGGGCCUCCUCUGGCCUCAGCAAGACUCACCCCCUCUGCAGCCCCCGCCUCUCCCUCCAUCUCUCCCACUCCUGUUGACCUUCCUCUCCCUGAUAGGAGCCAAGACCCCGUAGUGCCCAACCGAGGCCUGUGCCGAGUCCCCCGCGGCAGCAGAGCCCACGUAGCCAGUGCCGUGCUAGGCACACCGCUGCCACUGCGACAAGCGCCAAAUAAACUCCGGUUGGGAAC